AUGUGGAGGCGGACCUAUCUCCUCCUUGUCGCCAUCCGACUGUGGUUCGCCCUCUCGCCCAGUUACCUACAUCCCGACGAGAACUUUCAAGGCCCAGAAGUGAUUGCAGGCGAAAUCUUCAGCUACCCGGUGCGACGAACCUGGGAAUUCACAAACGACAAUCCUAUCCGAAGUGUGUUCCCGUUAUGGCCCGUCUACGGCUUGCCCAUGCUCCUCCUGCGCUGGCUGUGGAUUGGUAAUGGCAACGAUGGAGAGAUCCCGCCCAUUGCCGUCUUCUGGACGCUCAGGGUCCUCAUGUUCCUCAUUAGUUUCGUGCUAGAGGACUGGGCUCUGCACGAGCUGAUCCCCUCGCCGCGCCACAGACGAGUGGCAGUCCUGCUCGUCGCCUCCUCCUACGUGACCUGGACCUACCAGACGCACACCUUCUCCAAUUCCAUAGAGACGCUAGUGGUCGCAUGGAGCUUGGUGCUGAUACAGCGCAUAGUCGACGCCAAGACCGCCUCUAUUAACACCGAUUUUUCAGCAGCAAUCGACCCUGCUACCCUGCUUCGGUCUCGGAAUCGUCGCCGUCUUUGGCAUUUUCAAUCGCAUUACAUUUCCAGCCUUUCUCUUAAUCCCUGGCUUUCGUUUGAUACCCCAUUUCCUGAACAAGUAAGCCCUCGUGCAGCCUCUCACAGUCUCCUGGUCUCGGCUGCUCUUGUUACCUCCGUUGUUGCGAUUGCGCUGGAUACCGCAUUCUACAACACUGACCCCGUUACGUGGGCCGACCUAAUAUACAGACCAGUAAUAACUCCCCUCAACAACUUCAUCUACAACUCCGACACGGCCAACCUCGCCCAGCAUGGCCUUCACCCUUGGUACCAGCAUUUACUUGCGAACCUGCCGUUGCUGCUUGGACCUGCCGCUGUGCUGUUCGUGACGAAACCUCACCUCUCUAUUCGACUCUACUCGGCUAUUUCAGGACUGGCGGUCCUAUCAAUGUUUCAGCACCAGGAGGCCAGAUUCCUGCUACCGACAGUUCCACUCAUCCUGUCUUCUGUCCAGAUUCCUACGAACAAGGCUCUAUUACGUGUCUGGACCGUCGCUUGGAUCAUCUUCAACGUUUUUCUUGGUGUACUCAUGGGCAUAUAUCACCAAGGAGGCAUCAUUCCUGGCCAAGUAUUCAUGGCUAGCCAGCCCGACGCCACAAAUGCCAUCUGGUGGAAAACAUACUCACCACCCAUCUGGUUGCUCAAUGGCAAAAAUGAAGUCUUGCGGACCAAAGACGUCAUGGGGAUCCCAGGCGACGACCUGCUCCAGCAGCUGACCUCGCUCGCCACCUGUGACACCCCGGCCGAUCGCCGAAGCCAAGAGUACUUGAAAGAAAAGAAUGGCACUUACUUAUUAGCACCCGCCUCCGCUACAUGGCUAGAUCCCUAUCUAUCAAAUAAAGGAUUGGAGGGGCUACGCUUCCGCGAGGUGUGGCGCUACAACCAGCAUCUAAAUCUGGACGACUUGGAUAUUGGCGACGAUGGCCUCUGGAACACGCUGACGAGAGUUGUCGGUCGCAGAGGCCUGGUUGCUUGGCGCGUCACAAAAAGCUGCUAG